AUGUUAUCGCGUUCAGCCUAUAGGUACCUGAACGUGUUGCGAUUUGUAACAGACACAGCAGCCCAGGAGAAUCAUAUGCCUACACCAGUCUACCUGAAUAAGAUCCUCUUGUCGCUAGGAGAGACCUACACCGAUGUCCUCUCCGACGCAGAGAGGAGUGUUUGUGAUCGUUUCACAGCUUUGCGUAGAGUUUUAGAGGAACACAUUAAUGACCCUGAACUCGCUCUUCAUAUGACUGAGGAAGAUAAAGAGGAGUAUGCUGUGGCUGAGCGGCAUGUUUCUCGCAUGCGCUGGAGCAGAUGA